UUAUUACAGUACAAAACCCAAAACCCUUGCGGAGGGAGCGUCUGUGUCGUCUUCAACCCUCCGCAGCUCUUCUUCGUGUUAAACUCCUCUCUCUACUUUCUCUCUCUAAUCAGCUGAUUUUGGGUAUUAAUCUUUUUUGGUUAUGGCGAGAAUGAAACUGAAAUCUUUCCUAACAUCUUUCACUCCUGAAGGUGACCAUCUCGCCAUUUUAUCCUCAAACGGAGUCGUCAAAAUCUGGAAUACAAGUAAUGGAAGUCUACUGGCAGAGUGGAAGCAGUCAGAUGGGGAUUCUGAUAUUAGUUUUUCUCGAAUGGCGUGUAGUUUUUUAGGGAAGAAGCGCAGAAGAGAAGGUGCUACUUUCUUAUUAGCUCUUGGCACAAAAACUGGGGAAAUUUUGGCCAUUAAUGUUUUCACUGGUGAGAGGAAGUGGAGAUCUACUGGAAGCCAUCCUGGUGGCAUUGCUGGUCUAUCGUUUGCAAAUAGAGGCCGAAGUCUUUAUACAGUUGGUACUAAUGGAAUAGCAUCUGAGAUGAAUUCAGAAACUGGAGCAUGCGUAAGGGAGUUAAAAGUUUCGAAGACCCUUAUAUCUUCUUCAGUUUGUUCUUGUGAUGAGAAAUUUUUAGCUGUAGCCGGUUCUAAGAUACGAGUUUUAAGUUGGGAAAAUGGGAAAGAGCUGCUGAAGUUCUCUACUGAUAUGGGUCCUGUGCAGUACAUUUCUAUAGCUGAUGAAGCCAAGUCCAUCAUUACAUCAGAAUCUAAUGUGAAACAUCUUCAAUUGUGGAAGUAUGAUUUGAGUACCAAGGCGGUAAGCAAAGGACAUGUUCUUUCCAUGAGACAUCCGCCAAUUAUUCUUGAAUGCAAGAAUGGUUGCAGUAGAGAAGAUGGUUUAGUUGUCCUCUCAGUUUCAGAGUCUGGUAUAGCUUAUGUGUGGAAUUUGGAGAAUAUCUCUCCGGAGGAAAUAAAUCCAACUAGGGUGAUUUUUAAAACUAACAAAGCUGAAACAGACCUGCAGAAUAGUGGAAGUACCAGAAAAAGUGGCACUUCCUUUAUUGCUGCUAGAUUACAUGAUAUUGAGGCGGAUGGACGAGUGAAAGCCCUUUUUGCCUAUGGUUCCUUAGAUUCACCACAGUUCAGUUUCUUGGAAAUUAAUAAUCCAGGGGAGGACAUUGUUCUAGCUGCCAGAGAUGAGACAAGAAAAUCUACUGCUCAGGGCGUUCAAGAAGACGGGGUUCUUGCAGAAAAAGGCUUAAACAUAUUGGAGUUAGAAGCAGUAGCUGCACCAAUCCAAAACAAAAAAACAAAAAAGAAACGUACAGCAUCUGAUCUGGGUCUUGCAGAUACAGAAAAUCCAGUUGGUAAUGGUAUACAAGAAACUACAGAUGGAGUUCAAGUUGAUGAUGAUUUAAAUGAGCCAACCAUGGGUGAAAAACUUGCAAGUUUAAAUUUGCUAGACAAUAACGAUGUUAUGAGCCUCGAGAAGCAAGAAUCUUCCCAGCACAGAAAGCCGCCAAGUGCAGACUCAAUUCAUGUUCUACUUAAGCAGGCAUUGCAUGCUGAUGAUCGAUCACUUCUAUUAAAUUGCUUAUAUACCCAAGAUGAGAAGGUAAUUGCAAAUUCAGUCUCACUGUUAAAUCCAUCUGAUAUUCUCAAGCUUUUAGAGUCUCUGAUAUACUUUAUCCAGUCCAGGGGUGCGGUGCUGGUUUGUGCCCUUCCCUGGCUAAGAAGUUUACUUCUUCAACGUGCAAGUGGAAUACUGUCCCAGGAAUCUUCUUUACUUGCCCUCAAUUCUUUGUAUCAGCUCAUAGAUUCUAGAGUUUCUACAUUUCAUCCAGCUCUUCAACUAUCAAGUUGUAUAGACCUGCUUCAUACAGGGACUCUUGACGAUGGUUUAGACGAGAAUGGCACAAUAACGCCGGUUAUUUAUGAGGACAAGGAUGAAAGUGACACUCAGGAAUCUGAAGAUGCUAUGGAGUCUGAUGAAGAAGACGACGAACCAAAUACAUUCACCGAAGAUGGUGAUACUGAGGGAAGCGAUGGCAUGGACAUUUGAUGGACCACUAAAGACUGGUUGGUUGCACAUCUAAGAACUGGAUUCUGCAUCGAAUGUCUACAGUGAGUUGUUGUAAACUACUCGGGAAAGAAUAUGUACUGAAGAUGCGCGAUUUGGAGUUUUUUUCCAUUGCAAAAAUCGCCCAAGAACACCAUCCAAAGCCCCUUUUGCUAAAGCUCAAGUCAAAAAUAAAGGCAACAAUAUAUCUACGAGUAUCAGGAGCUUACGAGGAAGCAUAAAUAUUCUAUAUUUCGUACCUCACCUGCUUUUUUUUACGCCAAUUUUUUGGUUAUAUUGCCUGUAAGCAAGACACAUUUUGAUGCUACUGAGAAAAGACCAUUUAGAGCUAAGUAGCUAUAACUUUUCAGUGCUGCUGUUUUUGAGCCUAUUGAAGCAGUUUUCUCU